AUGUCUUCCUACGUAAUCAGAGGAAGUUUUGUUUGUUCCUAUGAUCGAGCAAUAACAAAAAAUGAUACAGUAAGUUAUCAACAUUGUGAAUUAAAAAGCUCAUCAACAAACGAAAUAUUAAAUCAAGAGACCGUGAAUAGCGGAAAACAGGAAGUGAUAGAUUCACCAGACGAUGAAUUUUUGGCACGUUCACUAGUAAAUGACGUUACUCAAGGUGCAUUCAAAGCGGAACUUAGGAACAACAAUGAAAUACUUCACUUAAGCAACGAUCAAAGUAACAAUGAAUUAAAUCUAGCAGAAGAUGAAACAUAUGACUCUGAUGACUCUAAUGCAUAUGUGAGAAGACGUGUGGCAGAACUUAACUUGGAAUUAUCGAAAGAGAAAGAACAUUUUGUUGAUAACUAUGAAAAAAAGACGGGACGCGUAAAUUUUCAUCCACAACUUUUUUAUUCACGGAUAAUAAGCCAGAAUAGUUGCGAAGAGUUAAAUGAUUUCAGCGAAGACGAAAUAAACGAGUUGAAGAAAUUAAGUCACAAUGAUGAUACAAUGAAUAAGUCAAUUAUGAACGCAAGUCCACAGUCUUCCCAACGGCGGACGUCUGAUAUACCAGGACCUGUUAAUAUCAGUGAGGAUAACUUAGGUGGACAACAGUCUCUCACCUUAAAAGAAAAUAAUAUAGAAGAGUCCGACCGAAAUCUGACUGACGAUAUAAAUGUUACACCUACAGACGACGUAACAUGGACGAAGAAGUACCGAACAACUUCAAUCAACGAGCAAGAUAACAAUAUUACUAAAAUAAUAACCAAGCAUAUUGCAGAUAAAAAUUCGCGUGAUCAGAAAUUAUCGAACUGGUUAAGGGCUAAAGUUUUACAAAGAAAAAGUGAAGAGGAAAUGAGACGAUAUAAAAAUGAAGAACAACAACAUCUGAAUGUUGUGCAUUCCAGAGAGGCAUGUGAGCAAGCGUUUACACAGUGGUUGAAGAGAAAAAAUCGUGAGGCGAAAGAACAAAAACGGAGGGCGAAGGGGAGGAUGAAAAUUACACGACAGUUAAUGAGAGGUAAUCAUGAUUGGCAACAGUUCAUGAAAACCAUCCAAAAAUUCGACGUAUUCAAAAUCCUACUGUAAGCAAAAAUAUUGAAUCCAUUACGUGUUGCACAAUGCACGUGAUCUUGACAAGCCGAAGCGGAAAUCAUUUUUACUGAGUAUGCGUUUGAAAUUUUGAAAAUUAGAGUGAGAGUAUUCGAUAUGUUAUUGUAACACAACAUAUGAAGUACUUUCUUAUUAAUAGACUCGUCUUAUUCGAUUGUUUACC